AUGCCGCCAGCACUGGAGGAUAUUCUCAGCGCAACAAGCUCUCUGCGUUCGACUCCCCUCGCAUCCACCACCCUUGUGGCUCAGGUCGAUCGAGAAGCAUGGGAUCACAUCUUGGUGAACCUAAUUUGCAUACCCCACGAUAGCCUCUCCGCGACCCUUCGUGCAGUAGCGUCCGAGAUCGAGCUAGCACUGGAGAUGGGGGCUCUACAUGUCCCGGAGCUACCCACACACUCGUCUCCUGUCAAGCUUCACACAGCUGACCAGAUGAGCCGCCAUAACAAGUUCAACCUCUUCUUGGAUGACUUCCCCGCCGGCCGUGUCGCGGAAAAGGACUACAGCCUUCUCGCGGCCAAGCUCCUCGAGAACCCCGACUUCCCGGUCGUCCCGCCAUGGCACGAAGAGUUCUAUCUUCUGAGGCCUUGGUUCAACGUCGCGCUCGAACUUUCGGAAGACUACCCCGACAGCGAUGUCUUUGCGCAUGAGAUACUCCUGAGGAAAGUCUUCCCUGUUGUCAACAAGCAUAAAGGAGCACCACCCGCGAAGAGGCUUCGCGCUGCUAUUCACGCCGCGAGCCGCGACGCGCCCCCAGAGGCCGAGAAGAUGAUGCAAGCUGAAUUAAACGCAGCUGCGCUUCUGGAACCUGGUCGCCUGCUGCAGGUCAAGAUCGAAGAUCUAAUUCCUGACGUCGCGAAGACCGAGGAAGAACACAAGGCCUUGCGCAAGAUCUCUCUGAAGGAAUUGAAUAUCCCCCGAAUCCUGGAAUCUGACGACCGCAGCGUCAUCCUUCUUCUACAGGCCAAGAUGCGCGCCAUUUUGCGUAACAGCAAGCAUGUUGCCGAUGUGGAUGAUACCUGCAUCUGCGACAUCAUCAGCGAAUACAGUGAUGACGAAGGGGAGCAUCACUUCAAUGACCCUGUCGCGCUGAAGAACAUAUUUCCAGAGCGAAAGCGGAACAUCGUCCUUGGGUGGGCCUCGUCCAUCGAGACCCCGGUCAUCCAUUACGUCAAGCUCUCGGAAGCUGAGGAGACGUACUGUGAGUUCUUGGAGCCCAUCGGUGAGGCAGACGACAUGACUGAAAUAGAGGGCGAGCUCCAGAAAGCGAGCGAUAUAGAAUGGGAGCUCAAAGGUUGCUCUCUCAUCUUCCCCCGCGGUCACGAUGGUGAGAUCUUGCUUGGAUAUGGCUGCCAAGCAGACCAAGUGGUCUCCGAAGGCCACUUCACCAACAUGAUCAGUGCUGCCUCGCCGUCAGAGUCCAGCUCAGAUGCAAGCUCAUACCAGAGCGAAGACGAGAAGGCAGCCAACCGCCGCAACUCCGACACCUCGUUGGAGAGCAAUACUGCUCGGUACGACUACCAAAAGAAGCGUAUCGUGAUGGCUUCGGUGAAGCAUUUCAACAAGCGCCGGAUUGCAAAUCUUCACAUGGCGUACGGCAUUCCGCGUGGUGCGCUGGACCCAGACAAGCCGGAACACAACACGCCCUCUCAUUUUGCGACUUGCGGCGACGCUCCGGGCCUACUGGACCAGUUCAACGCGGAGUACGAGGCGAAACGUCGCGAGCGCGAACAUUUUGGCGAGUGA